GGGACCAGGCUGACUCACUUGGGUGCUGGGGACCUCUACCGAAAGGCCAGAUCCUGAUGCCCUCCCAGCACAAGCCAUAGGGAGGGAAGGUGGGAAAGGCCCCCCCCAGGCCCCGUCUAGCCCACUCCGGCCGCUGCCAGCCAGUGGAGGGCUAUACACGGGGUUGUCCGUGCAGCAUCCCUGCACUGAGCCGCUUAUCUCCCUCUGCCUGAACCAGGGAGCCCUGUGCUGCAUCCAAGCUGGAGUCACCUGUGGAGCGCAGCAACCUGAUGGACACCUCGGAGCCCGUGAGCGCAGCCGAGGAGGAGGAGGAGAAGGUGACGGAGCAGAGGCCCAGAACCCGCUCCAACCCGGAGGGGGCCGAGGACCGAGCCUUGAGCAAGCAGGCCAGCGUGGGGAACCGCAGCGAGGGGGAAGGAGAGGCGGCUAGUGCUGAUGACAGCCCGCAGAGCGCUGCCACGCCCAAUGGCAAAGACUGGCAGGUCCCGGCACAGCCCACGGAGUUCCAGGUCAAGACACCCAGGGUGAACUGCCCUGAGAAAGUGAUCAUCUGCUUAGACCUUUCUGAGGAAAUGUCUCUGCCCAAACUAGAAUCCUUUAACGGAUCCAAAACCAAUGCUCUGAACAUCUCCCAGAAGAUGAUUGAGAUGUUUGUGAGGACGAAGCACAAAAUCGACAAAUGCCAUGAGUUCGCUCUGGUGGUGGUGAACAAUGAUGCCACCUGGCUCUCCGGUUUCACCUCUGACCCCAGAGAAGUCUGCAGCUGCCUGUAUGACCUGGAAACUGUGGUCUGCAAGUCGUUCAAUCUCGAAGGCCUCUUCAAUCUCAUGAGCUGGUUGAUGGAGAUGUUCUUUCAGUCGGCCCCUUUUGCGUGUUCCUCCAGCUGCCCAAUGGCGAUGCCUGUCAUGGCAGACAUGCUGGCUCCAUUGUUAGCAUGUGGCCCAGUGAUCCUCAGAAAAGGAAGAUGGCAAACAUUUGAGGAAAUGUACACUUUUUUCAGCAACCUGGACACCAAAGGCACCAAUUACAAAUAUGAAGUGUCUGUGACAGGCCCUGCCGUGGAGCUGCACAACUGCAUGGCUAAGCUCCUAGCCCAUCCCCUCCAGAGGCCCUUCCAGACCCACGCCUCCUACAGCCUGCUCGAGGAAGAAGAGCCAGCAGAAAUCGAAGCCACGGUGUAAUAAAUGAUCCCUCAAGUGCCCAGUUCUACCUACCGGUGUCACAUAAUUCAGGAGGCCUCUUCUCGCUGCAAGGUGUCUUGUGCACUGAGUACUGAUGAGCCAAAGUCUUGUAACAGUUUUUUUCGUUUAACUGCCCAUAGAAUUGCUGCCUCUGUCUCUGGAAGGCAGAUCUCUAGGAAAACUGUUCAUCCAGUGAACUCUUCAUAAAGCUGCCUGUAUGAAUUGCCUUUAAUAUUUUGUUGUUGCCAGUUAAAAGAUUGGAUCUUUGCACCACAAGAUAAAGCUUGUGAUAAUGGCUUUAACUGGCUGGACGACUUUCUGCCUCUCUGCGUGUCCAAGGGUUCCAGUGGCCAGAUGUGUUGCGUUUUAAAUAGUUGCAAGGAACACAAAUCGGAUUUUCUGUGUUACAGGUGCGUGUUUGCUGGGUUGGCAAGCUCCCACCUAUGUUAAUUUCCACACCUUGGCACACAUGAGCUUUUGAUUGGCUGCCCCUAUCAGGACCAAGGGCCAGGCUGGUGGUUUUAUUGGGCAUCCUACGGGGUCGGCCGGUCGAGGGAACUGAUGGUUUAAAUAAAAAAUUUUGCAAAAAUCUGCUUUGAAGCCAAAUCCGGUGAAUAAAAGGCUGGAAGGAAACUUUCAAUGCCAGGGUU